CGAGGCGCGCGGCGCGCGUUUCCACCGUGAGCCCGUCCGCGUCCAGGCGCGGGAGCCGAAGCGCCGAGCCGGAGCCGGAGCCCCCGCGAGCCUUGCGCCCGGAUUGAGGGGCGAUGCCGUUCGGUCUGGCCACCCCCCGUGAGCACCGCUCCGGAGACAAAGCCCGCGCGUGAGCGGCGCCCUCGGCCCGGGUGAGCCUCAAAGCGGGAGCCCUGACUCAGCCUCUCACCUGACGACUGUCAGCUGCCGCUGCCGCCAGCCCGUCCCCUGCCCAGGCCUGUCACUGUGCCGUCUCUCAGCAGGGGCAGCAGGAUGAAAGAAGUCAUGUCCAAUAACAGCACUGCCAGCAUCUCCCAAGCCAGGAAGGCUGUGGAGCAGCUGAAGAUGGAGGCGUGCAUGGACAGAGUGAAGGUCUCCCAGGCAGCAGCGGACCUCCUGGCGUACUGUGAAGCUCACGUGCGGGAGGACCCUCUCAUCAUUCCAGUGCCUGCGUCAGAAAACCCCUUCCGAGAGAAGAAGUUCUUCUGUACCAUCCUCUGACUCCGUUUGCUAUGAAAACGUCUCCUUUUCUGUCCGUAAAAUCCCUCGUAGAGACCGCGCAUGCUCAUAGCUUUAGGGGGCUCUGCCCACUCCCGCCCCCGCCCACCCAGGAUUGCCCAGGCCUGUCUCCUCUUUUCAUUGGUUUUCUUCACUGCAUUCUAUUUCACUUUUUCUUUUCGUUUUCAUGUUAUUUUCAUUAUUAGAAAAGGAAAUAGGCAUUUUUGUAGCCAAAUAACAAAUGUGCCAAGUAGAAAUAAGUAUGGGUUUAAGGGCUUAAAUUUUUUUAACAUCAAUUCCCAAGUUUACAUAGGUCAAGUGUAUUAUACAUUUCAGUGGAUAAUUUAUUGAGAAGUGGAUAAUUUAUUGAGAAGUGGAUAAUUUAUUGAGAAGAGAAAACAAUCCCCCAUUCGUGAUCAUUCAGUGUCAGAUUAGAUCAUUUUGACCAACUGAAGUAUAUGGGUAAAGUUCCCAUCUCUCUUCCUGGAGAAUGCAGUUCUGGAAGUUCUCUAUUUUCUGCUUUUCUGUCAUCCUAUUUAAAGAAGAAAUAACCCACAUCAUCGGAUGGUUUUCUAAACGUGGGUCAUCCUGGGGCCUUGUGGCCCAGCCCCUGAGGGAGGAUCCAGACCCCUGUUUCCCACUGAUUGUCAUUGAUCCCUUUGGAGGUGGUCCUUCUACGAGUGUAGGUGUUGGGUGGGUAUUGGAGUGAGCUUAACUGUAAAUGUCACACCAUUACCUCUGUUUAUGUGCGCCAGCCAGGCGGGCCAGGGGCACAUGUCUUCUCUCCAAAUGCCACCUCAUCCUGCUCCCUUCUGUUCUGGCUCCUGCUCUGCAUGGGCUGCAUUAAUAAGGGCCUGUUCUGGGCACAGCGCUGGGUCCUGUGGGGUUUCACCAGGGUGGCCCCUGCCCCAGAGGAGUGAGCGAGGGGCAGCAGCUCACCACGUAGCUCAUCCACUGAUCAGAGCAUUCACACGUAUCCACUUAUUUUAUCCUCCAACAAUAAAUAAAUGCCGUGAGAGUACGUCUGUUCUAAACAGAGGGAAACUGAGGCACAGAAAGACCAUGUAGUUUCCCCGAGGUUAUAGAUGGUGAGCCGGAAGACUGGGACCUGAGCCCCUGAGCUCCACUGCCUUCCAGGCCUACCUGUUUGCAGGCAGGUAGGUAGACCUGCAGACAACCUGAGCCACAUGCCACAAAGCACCGUUGCUGGGGUCCGCCCAGCAGCACACUUCUCUUCCCAUCUUCGCCAGGAGCAGGCGUGUUGGGCCCGUAUUCUGGCAGCUUACGGAAGGUGAAACGUGGCCUGCCGCCAUGGAAGGCUAGGCGGCUCUCGAUUUUUCUGAGACAGACUUGCAAGCCCCACCUCAAACAAACUCCUACCACCCCGGAUGAAGGAAGGGAAUAAACCGCAGGGGCAGAGAGCACUCUGUCCAAGAGUGUCCCCUUCCGUUUGUUUGGAAACUGUGUCCCGUCCUGGCUCUGGCAGUGGCUUCACCGUAGGGCAAGCCAUUGUGUGCCUGGAACCUGCAAACUGGGGAUAAUGGCAGUUACUCCUCCUGCCUUUCUGUCUAGGACAGAGGGAGGUGCUACACAGAUGAAAGCUCUGAUUAUCAUUUUAAAACAAAUGUGCUAAAUGCCAGGCUAUAGUAUAGGGAAGAAUGCAUGACUUCAGAGAUCCAUGGUUCAGUUGGAGGAAUCACGUAAAACCGCCUACAGAGAGGCAAAUGUCAUUUUCAGAUCAGUUAAUGACUUGCUACCCUCAUAAAUGGUUUUAGUACAUUUUUAUUCUUUGCUGCUUCUGUUGAAACCCAUUCUUUGUUUCAUGAAAGCUCCCUGAUAAUAACACUGGUGUUAGGAAGCUGUGUGCUCAGACUACAGCAGAACUGUGUGCUGUCUGUGAUAGUAGGACUUCCAAUCCUCCUCUGUUUUGGUUUAUGACCAGGAUCUCUUCAUUCUGUGGUCCACGUCAACGUCAUGAACCUGAUAAAGCAAAGCACAAUCCAUAAAAGCACAUCAGAGAAGCUGGGAAAGUGGGACAGCACGGAAACUGGCUAAAUCAGGUCAAGAAAAUAAUGUACUCCUCCUUGUCUUCACCAGACUUUCUCCCCUUUGUUUUCACUUCCAACAUCCCUGCAUAUUCUGCCUCCACUUGUUCCCUCUUUUUCCUUCUCCUCCUCUCUUCCUUGCAUCCCUCCAUGAGAUGCUUUUUGUCCUUUUACUACGCCUUUUCCUUCCAAACCUAUGGCGUUUUGUGUGGCUUGCCCCUUUUAACGUAUCCCUGAAGUCAUUGCUGCCCUUAAAGACAAGUUCGUGGACGUGCGCUGUGAGACACGCAAACGUGUGGAUGAGCCCCUCCCCCCCUGGCAAUCGCCGGGAGCUGAUGAAGCUGCCUGUAGUGGGCAGUUGUCAUACGGUGUUUCUAGCUUGGCUGUCCAGCACCUGGCCCCUUUCCUAAAGGGGGAAAUCAUGAAACCACCCCUAUGUAGAAAUGUAGGGAUGCAGUGCCCCCAGCACAGUGGAUGCUGAAGUGGGGAGGUCUUCUCUGUCUCUCAGGUGCAUCCCCUUUUCCAGCACCAGACCGGCCAGUGACCCAGGGUGAACUCCUUGGACUCCCAUGCUUGGGAUUGUGAGCCUGGUGCAAGUGACACAGAAAUUAAGGGAUGCUGAGAUUCGUUUCAUGGGAGCUGUGGUGGUCCAGGGGUGGCAGUGGUCCAGCAGGGGAAGUGUCUAGGAUUGGCAGGCUGCAGGGGUGGUAUGUCCAAUGGUAGUAAUGUCCAGGGAUGGCAGAGUCCUGAGCAGACCGUUCCUGCUUCGUUUCUUGGCCCCCACCCAUCUUCCCAGGUCUCCUUUCUAGCUUUCUGUCAAUUCUGUGAGCCGCCAAGCUCCAUCCAAUAAAUUCUUCAUUCUUCUGUGAAAUAGCUUGGGUUGAAUGUACAUAUCAUAUGACCUAAAAACUCCACUCCUCUACCCAACAGAAAUGUGUACGUAUAUUCACCAAAAGAAAUGUACUAGAAUGUUCACAGAAGCACUGUUCAUAAUAACCCUGAACUGGAAAGUACCCAAAUGCCCAUGUUGAAUGGAUAAAUUAGGGUAUAUUUGCAAAGUGAAGUCCUACACAGCAAGGAGAAGGGGUGCUCCUGCCGCCACACACACGGCACCAUGUAAGUCUCACGAGAGGAGGCAAGUUCGUACUGUAUGGUUCCAUUUAUAUCAAGUGUGAAACCCGGCAAAGUUCGCCUCUGCUGUUGCAAGUAGGGAUAUGAGUUACUCCUGGGGGAAUGGUAACCAGAAGGGCACAAGGGAGAUUCUCGGACCUUCUGUUCCUUGAUCGGGUUGCUGGUCACCUGGGCGUAUCUAUAGUUUGUGAAAAUUCUUCGAGCUGUACCCUUGUGGUUUGUGCCCUUUUCUGUAUGGAUGUUGUACUUCAAUAAAAAGUUGGUUUUGUGCCUAGCAA